AGUCAGUCAGCCGGGAUGCCACAGGAAGCGCAGUCACAGGGAGGAGGGGCUGCAGGGCGGGGAGCUGAGAGCCUGCCAUUGGUGAGUCCGCCCCAGUCAUUUGCCAGUGGGACUUGGAUGGAAUGUGAAACCAAAUCAUUUUCAAGUUAAAGAUAGACACAGUGCGCGCCCGGCUCGGAGGCUGCGCGGGGAGCGCCCAUCUCUCCCUGAAGGUGGGAGAGUUCUGGGAGGGUCUCCGUUGCAAGCAGCGGUUUGGUUCAAGUUUCCUUUUGAAGCGAAGGUGCUGAGAAUUCAUCUAUUGCUGGAUGUCCUGGAAUCAAAAGGAUUUAAGAGACCCCGCGGUCCCUGCCCCAGGGUAAAUAGGAUUUACCAUUCGCUGGAUGAAGUGCUUGGGGAGUCCUUAAAUGCCAUAGCCAAGUGCCGUUUCAAAGAACAAACAGAUGGUUUUGGAAAGUUCAUGCUGUUUCUUCACUGAAGUUUAGAAUGAUUGAAGAUAGUGGGAAAAGAGGAAAUACCAUGGCAGAAAGAAGACAGCUGUUUGCAGAGAUGAGAGCUCAAGAGCUGGAUCGAAUCCGACUCUCCACCUACAGAACAGCGUGCAAGCUCCGGUUUGUUCAGAAGAAAUGCAAUUUGCACCUGGUGGACAUUUGGAACGUCAUAGAAGCUCUGCGGGAAAAUGCGCUGAACAACCUGGACCCGAACACGGAACUCAACGUGGCUCGCCUGGAGGCUGUGCUCUCCACCAUUUUUUACCAGCUCAACAAGCGGAUGCCCACCACGCACCAGAUCCACGUGGAGCAGUCCAUCGGCCUCCUGCUCAACUUCCUGCUGGCGGCCUUUGACCCGGAAGGCCAUGGCAAAAUUUCAGUAUUUGCUGUCAAAAUGGCUUUGGCCACAUUGUGUGGAGGGAAGAUCAUGGACAAAUUAAGAUAUAUUUUCUCAAUGAUUUCUGACUCCAGUGGGGUGAUGGUUUAUGGACGCUAUGACCAGUUCCUGCGGGAAGUCCUCAAGCUGCCCACAGCCGUGUUUGAAGGGCCCUCAUUCGGUUACACGGAACAGUCAGCCAGGUCCUGCUUCUCUCAGCAGAAAAAGGUCACGUUAAAUGGUUUCUUGGACACGCUCAUGUCAGAUCCUCCCCCGCAGUGCCUGGUCUGGCUGCCCCUUCUGCAUCGACUGGCGAAUGUAGAGAAUGUCUUCCACCCGGUGGAGUGUUCCUUCUGCCACAGCGAGAGCAUGAUGGGAUUCCGCUACCGAUGCCAACAGUGUCACAAUUACCAGCUCUGCCAGGACUGCUUCUGGAGGGGCCAUGCUGGGGGUUCCCAUAGCAACCAGCACCAAAUGAAAGAGUACACGUCAUGGAAAUCACCAGCUAAGAAGCUAACGAACGCGUUAAGCAAGUCCCUGAGCUGUGCUUCCAGCCGUGAGCCUUUGCACCCCAUGUUCCCCGACCAGCCGGAGAAGCCGCUCAACUUGGCCCACAUCGUGCCACCCAGACCUGUAACCAGCAUGAAUGACACGCUGUUCUCCCACUCGGUCCCCUCCUCAGGAAGUCCUUUUAUCACCAGGAGGUUACCUAAGGGGCGAAGUGCAGCCCGCCCUGAGGCUGAGGAGCAUUCGCUUAUAAGGUUGUAUGUAAAUCAGCUUGGGCAGUGUGCACGCUCUCCUCCCAAGGACAGUGAAGUAGAGCAGAACAAACUGCUGGCUAGGGCUGCUCCGGCUUUUCUGAAGGGCAAAGGGAUACAGUACAGCCUGAAUGUGGCAGACAGGCUGGCUGAUGAACAUGUGCUCAUCGGGUUGUAUGUCAACAUGCUCCGGAGCAACCCCUCAUGUAUGCUGGAGAGCUCAAACCGGCUUGAUGAGGAACACAGGCUGAUUGCCAGGUACGCGGCAAGACUGGCGGCAGAGUCCACUUCGUCUCAGCCAGCGCAGCAGAGAGGCGCUCCUGACAUCUCCUUCACCAUCGACGCGAACAAGCAGCAGAGGCAGCUCAUCGCGGAGCUGGAGAACAAGAACCGAGAAAUCUUACAGGAGAUCCAGAGGCUGCGGCUGGAGCAUGAACAAGCCUCACAGCCCACCCCGGAGAAGGCGCAGCAAAACCCCACUCUGCUGGCCGAGCUGCGGCUCCUCAGACAGCGCAAGGACGAGCUGGAGCAGAGGAUGUCCGCGCUGCAGGAGAGCCGGCGGGAGCUAAUGGUCCAGUUGGAAGGUCUCAUGAAGCUACUCAAGGAAGAAGAACUGAAGCAGGGAACCCAGGGGGCAGGCUCUCCUCGCUCCUCCCCCAGCCACACCAUCAGCAGGCCCAUCCCCAUGCCCGUGCGGUCUGCGUCCACCUGCUCCACCCCGGCCCACACGCCUCAGGACUCUCUCACAGGGGUAGGGGGAGACGUGCAGGAGGCAUUUGCACAAAGUUCAAGAAGAAACCUAAGGAAUGACUUGCUAGUGGCCGCGGAUUCCAUCACUAACACCAUGUCCUCUCUGGUGAAAGAGCUGAACUCCGAGGUGGGGAGUGAAACGGAAAGUAAUGUGGAUUCUGAGUUUGCAAGGACUCAGUUUGAGGAUCUGGUUCCAUCGCCAACCUCGGAAAAGGCUUUCCUAGCGCAAAUCCACGCCCGGAAACCCGGGUACGUGCACGGUGGAGCUGCCCCAGGCACCAUGCGCAGUGAUGCGGUCACGGAAGAUGGGGAUCCCUAUGCGCGGCCCGAGGAGGAGAACUAUGAGAAUGACUCGGUCCGGCAGCUGGAGAACGAGCUCAAGAUGGAGGAAUACCUGAAACAGAAGCUGCAGGACGAGGCCUACCAGGUCAGCUUGCAAGGUUGAAUACAAUAUCCUUUUAUCACUCUCCUCUCAAGCAAACUAUAGUCAGACAGAUGAUGAGAGUAACAUGAGCGCUGGUGACGAAGGGGAGCGCUGCGCCCACCACCCACCCAGAGGAGAAGCAGCCUGGCAGCGACUGGGAGAGGAACCACCCCGCGCAGCAGCUCCCGGCACACCCGCCCCUAAAGAUGUGCUCUGCUGACUGUAGUGCAGCCAAUGUUUCGUUCUCUGAUGUGUAGUCCGUAGGUGUGUGUGUUAAGAAGGGAAAAAAAAGACUUCUGUUCAAAGCUAACUUAUCAGCUACAUCUUCUAUAACAUGGCUCAUCCCUGGUUAAAAACAAAAAACAAAAAACCACAGGCCGAAAACCCACGCUGCUGUUACUCACGAUGGCAGUAUUAACAAGCAUUUUCAAUAUCAUUUGCACAUGAUGUUGAACCUGUUCCGUUUACAAUGACAAUAUUAAUACUGUUUAUAGCUAGGAUUUGAUUUCUGAAUUCUUUGAGAUUUUAGCAAACCAGUUUAUUAUACGAUGUACAUUGUUUUCCACAGUAAUUGGGACAAAACAACCCCUUGCAAUUAUUCAUUGACCCUGAAGGACCUGGGUCCUGAGUGUGCAGGCGCGGAGGGCCGGGGCCUGCACUGUCUGCCAGGGCCCCCAAGUCCUGUGAGCAGCGACUGGAGCCAAACACACCGGGAUAACCCAGUCUGUGGGGCUGCUUUCCAACUGGAGGUUGUUUUUUUCUUUCAAGAUAUUCUAGCGAAUCAGCCAUAGAAUUUAGUGUAAAUACUUUUUCCAAAUAGAGAUCAUAUUCAAAAUAAGACAACGUGCAAAUUAUAUAGAAUCUAGUUUUUAAAAUCAGCACAGAUCUUCUUAAAACUGUGAACUAUGUUUUGAAAUACUCGUGACUAAAGCUGUCUAUAAACCACAGGUGCCAUACGACCCCCACCCGGACUGCAGUGGUCUCUGCUCUUCCAUGGCUUGUUCCUCUCGGUUUAGCUUUAGGGAGCAUGUCUCACCGCACCGCUCGCCCACAGGUACCCCCCCCCCCCGCCCCGUCAGGUCGUCCGGAGGCCUUCAGCUCUCACUGUACAGGCUUAAAGUGCGCUUGCAAAAACGUUCGCUCCUUUCAUUUCUGAAUGUGUAUUGCCUUCGCUGGCGCCCCAGUGUUCUGCAUGCAGCCUUCUGUGGUCACGUGAAAGGAAACGGGCUCUUCUCCGUGGCGUCGGGGUUUUGCACUCAGGGAAAAGCUGGUGUGCAAAAGAGCUGUGGAAGAAGGGAGAGUGAGAGACUGUCGGUGGUCCUUUAUGAGGACCCUUUUGGAGGAGCACUAACAACCUCCCUUAGGGAUUCUUGGGAAAUGGAAAAAAAAAUAACCCAUCGUUUUCAAGACUUGAUGCAAUUAAAAAUCCUGCAAUAUGUUAGAUCCAUCGUGCUUAAAUCGGCAGCUGCUCUGGAAUUCCUGCCCUCCUUUCAAAGAAAGAAGAGGACAUCAUUUUAGAGCAGUGGUUCUCAAAGUGUGUUCCCUGGGACCCGAGCGCAUCAGCAUCACCUGGGGAUUUAUUUAGAAAUGCAAAUUCUUGGGCCCGAACCCAGGCCCAUGGAAUCAGAAACUCUGGGCGCCAGGCCCCCAAUCUGUGUCUCAUGAAGCAGGCAGGCCAUGCUGAUGCACUAGAGGUUGAGAACCACUGCUGUAGGAUGACGUUGUAAAGUCUCUGCAAAGGCCUUACUCAGAAUAAACAAGGAAGGUUCUGUGUCAACCUUAAAGCUUCAGCAAUUUGCUUUGCUUCCCGAGCUGGCAGAAACCUCCUCCCGCCCCACACAGUCGGGGGUGAGGGGGGGUGCCCAGCUGAGAACGCACACCCUGACAUCUUCCUGCUCCCUCUCCAGAGAGCCCUGAGAUGUCCCCAUCCCUGCAUUUGGCCAGAAACCAUCUCCUUGGCUGCCCUUUAGAAUGACAUCACUUGCCUCGGGGAUAGUAAAGCUCUUGGUUGACGUUAGUAAGGAGCCCGUUCUAGAUAUCGAUGGGCUUAACCAGGCCUCCUUCCAGAGAACCAGGCUGGCACCAAAGUGGCACCACUGCACAGUUCUCAGAUUUCUUUGCACAGGUGGAUUUCAUUGCGGGUUUUGUCCAUGUCUCUUCAUGUUCAUCUCCUUUCCACUGCCCAUCUUCUGUGAAGCCGUACCUCUCUAGAUGGAGCAGAUGGUCCCUGCUGCCUCAUACUCAAUACUUAAAACCACUACAUCCCAGCUACCUGCAUUGCUGUCAGCUCUCAAUCAUAGCCAGGUAGCUCUUGAACUCAGAACUGUGACCCUGCAGGUGGCAGGCAGCCACCGACUGGACUGAGCUGGCAUCUGUUGUCCCUUUGUGGUUUCUACAUGAGAAUGUUUGUCUAGGGUUUGAACUGUCUUGCUGAUAAUCAUCCCCCUUGUCGUAGUUUUCAUUGCCAACUCCAUCACAUGGUUGUUGAUCCCAUCGUACAAAGCCAUUGCAAGGACUCUGGAAACUGCUGCCAAUGGCCAAUUCCUGACUAACCAGCCACCUUUUCUUUCUCUUAGCUCCACGUCAGCACUGAGACCAGACUCAAGCACCCCUGUCCUGUAACCGAGACAAAAUGGCGUGUGUUGUUUUGGUUUGUGGUGGUUUUUGGCGGGUUUCUCUCCUUGGUUCUCCAAAUUUACUUUUGGGGCCUGUUCUGAGA